CGUGUGACAGUCGCUGCUGUGUUUGUAGUUUGCUCAUGUAAAUAUUAGUUUUUUUGAUAUUUAUAAAUGAUAUUAAAAGAUAAUUUCAUCAGAGAUGUCAGACAGUAAACGCCAAAGACUGCUGGAGACAGGAAGGACUGAAGAAGAAAGCCGACAGAAGCGAACACAUCCAUGUUCAGAACAUCAACAGAACAUCAGUCAGAACUCUCUGGAUCACUGGCUGCAGAAGAAGCCCAACAGGAUCCAGACGAACCCGCUGCCGGAACCAGAAGAGCCUCUGAAGUGUGCAGGAAUCAUCACAACACCAGUGACGAGUGACCCCGGUGACUCACUGCAGAAGAGAAGAACACACAAAAUCACUGACUUCUUCUCAAGAGCUUCAGAGAAGAGUGUGUGCAGUCGAGUAUCUGCUCCAGGAUUGGCUGAUGGGAGACUGGUCAGCAGUGAUGUCACAUGGCUCGGUGUUGAUCUCAGUCACCUGAAGAGGACGCCAGAGUGCAGCGGCCCGUUACCGGCACUGAAACCCAACGACACACACACAGUCAUGAUCAGAAGUGAUCAGUUGUGUCCGGGGAAUGUUCCAGUGCCGUUUCCAGAUAAAGUGUGUGACAGCUGGAGUGAUACACACGUCAAGAUGCCCUGCUCACCGGACAACCUGUUUCCUGGAGACAGCACGACUCUGCAGAGUCGAUGGGAUUUAAUAAGUAAAGUCUUGACCAACACGUUUAACUCGUCUCAUGAUGUGAAGGAUGCCAUUUUGAAAUAUAACGCAGGUCAUGCGAGGAGGUGGGACUUCACAGCGCUGCAUUUAUACUGUAAGAGUCUGCAGGAGUCUGAAGCUGCGCAGCUGUUUGGGUCCCUGAUUCCAGCGAUGGCACAGUUGGCAUUGAGAGUGCGCAGUGUCUGUACACAGCCGAUUCCAUUGCUGAUGUCACAGCGAUGUCAUUCCAUCACGUUGUCUCAAGAGCAGGUGUCGUGUCUGCUGGCGAACGCGUUCUUCUGCACGUUUCCUCGCCGCAACUCUCGGAAGACGGAGUUCAGCAACUAUCCUGAUAUCAACUUCAGCAGAUUGUUUGAAGGCUCAUCAAAGAGAAAACAAGAGAAACUCAAAACUCUUCUUUGUUAUUUCAAACGCGUCACACAAAAUAUGCCGUGUGGUCUGAUCACAUACACCCGACAGUGUGUGCAGUGUUUCCCCGAGUGGUCCAGUUCAGAGAAGUGUUUGAGAAAACUUCACAUCAUGUGUGACGGGACGAUUGAAGAUCAGGGCUGCGGCGCACUGCAGGUGGACUUUGCUAACCGGUUUGUUGGAGGGGGAGUAACCGGUUCUGGUUUGGUUCAGGAAGAAAUCCGUUUCCUGAUAAACCCAGAACUCAUCGCUGCUCGACUGUUCACUGAAGUGCUCGAUGACAACGAAUGUCUCAUUAUCACAGGUUCAGAGCAGUUCAGCAGAUACUCUGGAUACUCUGACACCUACAGGUGGGAUGGUAACCAUGACGACCAGACGCCCAGGGAUGAGUGGCAGCGCAGAUGCACCGAGAUCGUUGCCAUGGACGCGCUGCAUUACAGAAACUUUCUGCAACAGUUUCACCCAGAAAACAUGACACGAGAACUGAACAAGGUGUUCUGUGCUUUUGCUCGUCCUGGAGUGAAGACGGAGAAUCUCUCUGCUGUUGCUACGGGUAACUGGGGCUGUGGAGCGUUUGGUGGCGACACCCGUUUAAAAGCUGUGUUACAGUUGAUGGCGGCAGCAGAAGCUCAUCGUGACUUGAUUUAUUUCACAUUCGGCGACAGAGAGCUGCUGAGGGACGUUCACAAUAUACACACACUGAUCACAGAGAGACACGCUACCGUGGGUUCAGUGUUCAGUGUGUUGUUGCAGUAUUAUGAGUGUGUGUGUAAGGAAACGUCCAGGAGAAAACCACAAGAAACUCUUUACUGCUUCCUGUCUGCACACCUGUGACCUCACCUGACCCAUAGAUCGCUGUUGCUCCACUCUUCUGACUCGUCUCUGUUCUUCUGUUUCUCUUCAUGAAUGAAUCUGCUGAAAAUGAAUCAUUAUAAAUGAAUCUUUGAGUGAAUCUUUGUUGUUUGACAUGUUGAGUUGAUUUCCUGUUUAUUAAACAUUCAUGUU